AUGGAUAGAACGAAUUCAAACACUGAAAAUCAAGAUAUUACUCUUUAAGAUAUGACUAAUCAAACCUCAGACCUCACUAUGAAUGUGGAAAAGCAAGUUACCAAGAGAAAUGGUGAAUCCUAAUUAAUGCAAGUAAAUAAAAUUAGAACUAGACUCUAAAACUUGCUUGAAGGUCUUGCACAUAAGCACAUUGACCUCGACAUCAUUUUAAAUAAAGUCAUUUCAUAUGCUUAAAAUGGCAUCAAAACUACUGAACUCGAUAAUCUAAUUGCUGAGACAUCCGCAUAUCUUAACAUCUUACAUCCAGAUUACGGAAGACUAGCAGCUAGAGUUGCUGUCACUUGUCUCCACAAAGUUACAUCUGAUAGCUUCAUGGAAACAAUUUCAACUCUUUAUAAUUACACAGAGGUCGAAAGCGGGGAUGCUGCUUUGAUCUCUCAUGAAGUGUAUGAGAUAGUUCUGUAGCAUUAAGAAAAACUUUAAGCUGCUCUUAACUAUAAACGUGAUUAUGACUACGAUUACUUCGGAUAUAAGACUCUUGAACGAGCAUAUCUUUUGAAAGUCAAUGGAAAGAUCGUUGAAAGACCCCAGCAUAUGCUUCUCAGAGUUUCAGUAGGUAUCCACAAAACUGAUAUUGAUGCUGCAAUUGAGACAUAUAACUUAAUGAGUGAUAGAUGGUUCACUCAUGCAACCCCUACUCUUUUCAACGCUGGUACCCCAAAACCAUAAAUGAGUAGCUGUUUCCUUUUAAUGAUGAAGGAUGACUCUAUUCACGGAAUAUAUGAUACUCUUAAGAACGUUGCUUUGAUUUCUAAGAGUGCUGGUGGAGUUGGACUUGCUGUUCACAAUAUCAGAGCCACAGGUAGUUACAUCAAGGGAACUAAUGGACACUCAAAUGGACUUGUUCCCAUGCUCAGAGUUUUCAAUGAAACUGCUAGAUAUGUUGACCAAGGUGGUGGAAAGAGAAAGGGUUCAUUCGCUAUCUACUUAGAGCCAUGGCAUGCUGAUGUCUUUGACUUCCUUCAACUCAGAAAGAACCAUGGAAAAGAAGAAUAAAGAGCUAGAGAUUUAUUCUUUGCUCUCUGGGUUCCAGAUCUUUUCAUGAAGAGGGUAAGAGACAACGGUGAUUGGACUCUUUUCUGUCCAAAUGAAGCCAAAGGCCUCUAUGAAGUUCACGGAGAAGAGUUUGAAGCCUUAUAUACUAAAUAUGAAUCCCAAGGUAUUGGAAGAAAGACUAUCAAGGCAAUGAAACUUUGGGAAUCAAUUAUUGAAAGUUAAAUUGAGACAGGUACUCCCUACAUGCUUUAUAAAGAUCACGCUAAUGGAAAAUCAAACCAAAAGAAUCUUGGAACAAUAAAGAGUUCUAAUCUAUGUUGUGAGAUCAUUGAAUAUACUUCUCCAGAUGAAAUUGCUGUGUGCAAUCUUGCCUCAAUAUCACUCCCUAGAUACAUAACAAAUGGAGUCUUUGAUUAUGAGAAACUUCAUAAAGUAACUUUCUAAGUUACCAAGAAUCUUAACAGAAUCAUUGAUGGCAAUUACUAUCCUUGCGAUGAGGCCAAAAACUCAAAUAUGAGACAUAGACCAAUCGGUAUCGGUGUUUAGGGACUAGCUGAUGCCCUUAUGCUUCUCAAAAUUCCAUUUGAAGAUGAGAGAGCCUAUCAGUUCAAUCAAGAAAUUUUUGAAACAAUUUAUCAUGCAUCUAUGGAAUCAAGUAUGGAACUUGCCAAAGUAGAGGGGGCUUAUCAAUCUUUCCCAGGAUCUCCAUUAAGUCAGGGUCUAUUCCAAUAUGAUCUUUGGAAUGAAAAACUUCCAACAAAUAGAUACGAUUGGGAUAAAUUGAGAGCUGAUGUCAUCAAGUUCGGUGCAAGAAAUUCACUUUUGGUUGCUCCUAUGCCAACUGCUUCAACUUCCCAAAUCUUAGGUAAUAACGAAAGUUUCGAGCCAUACACAACAAACAUCUAUACCAGAAGAGUACUUGCCGGUGAAUUCGUGUGCGUCAAUCCUCAUUUGGUUAGAGAUCUCAUCAAUAUUAACUUAUGGAAUGAUGAGGUCCGUAAUCAGUUGGUGGCUCACAAUGGUAGUGUAUAACAGAUUAAAGAAAUCCCUCAAGAAUUGAAAAAUCUCUACAAAACUAUUUGGGAAAUUUCAUAAAAGCAGCUCAUUAAUUUGGCCAGAGCUAGAGCACCUUUCAUCUGUCAAAGUUAGAGCUUAAACAUAUAUAUGGCUGAAGCUACCUUUACCAAACUUAGUAGUGCUCAUUUCUAUGCUUGGCAAUAGGGACUAAAAACUGGUCAAUAUUAUCUUAGAACAAGACCAGCCAGAGAUGCCAUUAAGUUCACCUUGAACGUUGAAUCUCUAAUGAAAUGCUCUGAUGGUAAGGGAGCUAUGUUCGAUCAUAUGAACACAAAAAAUCUUACCGCAAGUGAAAUGGAAUAAUAGAAGAAAAAGAAGAGAAAGAUUAACGAUAUUUCAAACACAAUUACAAAUACAGCUGAGACUGUUAAGGAAAUUGAAUUCAAGCAGCCAGCACCAGUAAAGAAAACAGCUCAAGAAAUAAAGGAGUGCCCAUUCAAUCCAUUUGGAGAUGAUUCAUGCGAUAUGUGCGGAUCUUGA